UUGCCCUGGUCGAAGCAGUGGCUGAAGGACGAGGCCGGAAAGGCGGCCAACCUCCUCCCCGAGCUCUCUGCGGCCGGUGCGGCCGGCACCGGCUACAGCUUCGGCGCCGGCGGCGUGGACCAGGCCGCCUUCAGCUCGGCAGUGAGCUCGCAGUCCGAGGCGCUGUACGACAGUAUCGGUCUGGGUCAGCAGCAGCCGUCUGUCUACUCGCAGAGUCUGACCGCGUCACUCGGCACCUCUGCCGGCCUCACGCCUCUGGCGCCCAUCUCCAUGGACAGCAAGUCCUCCCCGGGCGCCACAGCGCCGCUCCUCGACGCCUCCGGGCAAUACCAGCAAGGCUCCGUUCAGAUGCCCGACUACAGCAGCUACCCGUACCCGCAGUACGCCGGGUACGCCGGCUACAACUACUCAUCGUCGGCCGGCGGACUGCUCAGUAAAUGAUCUCCUCGGGGCUCGGUCCUGAGCAGCUGUCGCCGUCAGCCAGCCCCUGGCGGUGACCGGCUCAACCAGCAGUGCUCGGGGCCGCUCAUAGGUGGCGCUCCCAAACCCCAGCGCAAACUCUAGCAAGCUGCGGCUACGCAAACCUGCGGCGGCGCUCAAAAUGCACAGGGCCUACAAUCACAGCCGGUUGAAUCCGGUUAUGGCUGGUUUCAUCCGGACACAGCCGGCUCAAGGCGGUUAUCCGCCGAUCUCAGAAGAAAGCAAGGCUCUGAGCGGCGCCGGGCGGUUUAUAUGAGCCCGAAAAUGCUGUACACCAAAGAUAUUUAAAUUGACGAUCUGACAACGCGUACUGUACAUAGAUACCUGCUUCGUAGAAAUGUACAUAGACGUGUGGAUGAGUGCGUCCGAGCUUGAGCGUUUAAAAACUGGUGGCAGCAACGGCAAUCACUGGGGACGCUUGUGACGUCAGCGUCCACGCCUCGUCCGAGCGUGAAUCUGAUUGGUGCGUCGUCAAGGUCAUUUGUUGAUGUCAAGGUCACUGCCCCGGGUGGCGGCUGGCGAGUCGGCGGGGCCGCCCGCCGCUGGCGCCAUCUGUUGGUGACCUCUACGAUACGAUACUGCUAGUGCUGUUUUAGUUGUGCGCUGAUGAGAGUUUUGUCUGAUCGUUACCACAGCUGAUAGUUUGUUACCAGGGGCUGUCGGAUGUUUCCCUGACGGUCCUGACAUGGCCUGAAGACGGUGAUGGCUCAAAACAGACAUGGUUUCAGUGCUAGAGAUAUGUAUGAUCGCUGUCGCUGUCGCUUUUUUCAAACGAUUUUCACCCACGAUCACCGUUGUUUCGUAGCACCGCGGACCCACACGACGUCACCGCCCGUGCCCGGCUCACCGACUUAAAUCCGCUCACAUCGUCACUCUAUGCUGCUUUUAUGCUCACUAGGGGAUAACGAAAUAGGUUGCGACCUCUAUUCUCAUGUUUUUUAAGCCCGCUUUUAGCGUGGCACAUCUGUUUCGUGUUCACUUUGUGUUCGAGACAGAACAGGCUGACCUGGUGUUCACUGCGGUUAUAGUGGAUCUAUGCGCUGUUUUGGAUCUAAACCCGUGCUAGGUUCUGGAUCGGUCUGAGAAAAUAGUUCAAUAUUUGCAUAGCUAUGGUGACUUGCAUGUUGUUUUUAUAGCUCAUCCUGUUGUAGUCUCAUGUUUUGAUAUGUCUCUCUGUGUAUGUAUGGAUUUCGUUUUUUUUUUUCUUUUUCCUCACAUCCAUGAUUUUUCCUGCGUUAUCUGUUAUAGUUCACUC